AUGGGUCGAUUUCAUAUACAAAAGGUGUUGAUUAUGUUGUUAGUUUUGUUGUUACAAAGUUCAUCAUCAUGGGGUUGGUUCUUUUCUACUAAAAAUAACAAAAAUGAUAAACAAGAAGAACAACAAACAAAUUCAGGCAAAUUUUCAAACAACAAAGUUGUUAAGUUGAUGUCUGAUUUCUCCAUGGAUGUUUUUGAGAAUUCACAAAAGGGAAUUGAACUCGUUAAAAGCGCGGAACAAAAGAUGUUGAUUACAGAUUCUUGUUGGCAAAGAAGUUAUCAGAAUUUGUUUAGUGUAUGUAGAAAAGCUCUGCCUGAUGAAGAAUUGAAGUCUAGACUUUCUUGGAAUUUAUGUGAUUGUUUUCAACAACAUACUGGAAGGUCACCUUUGCCUUAUUGUGAUGCAAAAUCAUCAAUGACUAAAUGUUUACAGAAAUUGGAUAAUGAUGUUCAUAAGAUUUAUUUGGCUUUCUAUAUUGAAACCCCUGCCAUUUGCCAGCAAUUGCAGAGAGAAGCAUGGAAGCAUGUAACAGAGAGGUUGGUGAAUAGUUUGAAGGAUUCUGCUGAAUUUGCUGAGGAAAAAUUAGACAACAUAUUACAUGUAGGGGAUUUGCUAUUGCAAAACUCGAAACAUGUUCAAGAAUCAUUAGCCUCGAUUGAUGUUCGUACUCAACAAGUAGCAGAAACUUCCAAGAAUGUUGAAGGCCGGGUGAACGCUGUGUUGAGUCAGUCAGAAGUGAUAUUGGAGCAAUCUAAAGGGAUAGCAUCUUCCCAACUAGAGUUGAACGAAGGCCAGGCGAAAAUGAAGGAGAGUUUGCAUGAAAACAUGGCGAUAGUUCAUGAAUCGUAUACUAAUUUAGACCAUGGGAUCGAUGGUUUAAGGACUAAAACGGAGGACAUUGAAGAUGAGAUUGUGAAAGUUGGAGAUGAAAUGAGUUGUAGGAUGGAUAAAUUGCAGAAUAAAGCAAAUGAUAUUGGGAAUAUUGCUGGCCAAGCUUUGAGUAAACAGAAACAACUUUUGGAUGAACAAUAUAAAGCUCUUGAUGGCCUUCAACUCCUUCAUAAUUUUCAGUCUCAAGCACUUGAAGAGAGCAGGGGAACUCUGAAACAAUUGGCUCAAUUCGGACACGAGCAACAAGAGGAGCUUCUAAGAAGGCAAAAACAACUACAACAAACUCAUGAUCAUCUAGUUGAGAAAUCAAAAUCAAUAUUAGCUGCUCAGGAAACUUUUGAGUCUAAACAAGCAAGCAUGUUUCUUGCCUUAGACAAGCUAUUCACCUUGCACAAUGCUAUGCUUCUUGAAUCAAGAGUGAUCAAAGCUUUCUUGCUUUACUCGUUAUCGAUCUUUCUUCUCUACAUGUUCACCAGCACGAAGCAAACAUAUGACGUGAGACCUAGGUUAUACAUAGGUUUAGUAUUCACAUUCUUGAUUGAACUAGCCAUACUUCGAUACAGAUCAUACGAAAUGGAGAAUCAAGCAUGGUUUGUAAGCAUAAUUAGGUCACUAUUUGUGCUAUUAGCCUCAUGCCAACUUCUAUAUUCCAUAUGGACAUACAGAGAUUAUGAAGUGUUGAACCAUAAGAUGUUACAAACACUAAUGGAAAAAGUUAAUGGAAUUCAAAAACAUAAGGAGUACUUGUUAUGGGAAAUGGAGAACGACGAUUCGGACGAUUCGGUAGAUUGGUCUUCAUGGAUUGAAGAAGAAUUACUAGAAGAUGUUGAUAAAUUGAAGGAUCCUGAUUUUGUAUAUCCUGUAGAAAUUGCUGAGAAUUUAGUAGGAAGCAAGUCAAUUACAAGGAGAUACAACUUAAGAAAUCACCUUUUGACAUAUUGAAGUUGUUAACAUGAUAAUGAACUUGGUUACUGGUUUGACCGGUUUGUUGUCUAGAAAUAUGUUUUCGAUCUAUCUAUCGAUUGA